AUGCCACCAAGCGCGCCGCAAGACAGAAGUCAGCACAAUGACAAGAACAAACAAGAGCUGGACUGCGAUGCCGCACACCAGUCGGCAGAUCAAGGCACCCAGAGUUCAACGACGCCUGCAGCCCCCUCCAGUGCCAUGUCUAGUGUGCGAUUCUCCGUGGAGAUUCCAACCGCAGACGAGGCCGCCGUAGAACCAAGAGACCCGCGUCCUUCUUCUGAGUGGAAGCCUCAUGGCAUACUCAAGUCUCCCUCCAAGGGUCGAAAUCGAGGUUAUUCUUUGAGGCGGGCCCUCUUUGCUCAAAACAUCCAGACGCAGAGUUCGAAUGACAACGGCGCAUUCGAGCUGGACUCGGCGAAACGCUCAACAGGCGACAGCCAAUGGGAUACUUCUGACAAGACUCGAAAUUUAUUGCCCUCCACCACCGUCACUGUUCAAGAGACUGGAGAAACAGAGGGGUUGGCCGCUGAUGGAAGACGACUCUCGGAAUGUGCCCUGGAAUUGCCCUUGUACCAACGGUGGCUGUCCAAACAACAUUCACGACCAACCCCAUUUCAGCGCCUGAGGCAGAGCUACGUGCAGUUGCGUGAAAGGUUUGUCCGUGCAAACGAUGUUCCACCCAGCUUGGAUGGAAGACAUGUCAAAGUGAAUGUGCUAAGUACCGCUGGCCCUGUUGACGAAAGAACUGGCAAGCUAUAUAUCAACAACAACAUCCGUUCAUGUCGCUAUACGCCAUGGAAUUUCGUCCCCCGUCAACUCGUUGCCCAAUUUGGCAAGCUGGCCAACUUCUAUUUCCUCUGCGUCUCAAUCCUUCAGAUGAUCCCGGGUCUCAGCACAACCGGCACCUACACCACCAUCAUACCCCUCCUCAUUUUCGUGGCGAUCUCAAUGGCCAAGGAAGGCUACGAUGAUUUCAGGAGGCACCGGUUGGACAAAGAAGAGAACGGACGACUUGCCACAGUUCUCACAUUCAAGUCGUCUCCAGGCGGUCCUGGUGGCCUUGAGUGGCAAGAGAAGAAAUGGGCAGACCUUCGAGUAGGUGAUGCUGUAUUGCUGAAACGUGAUGCUGGGGUCCCAGCCGAUCUCGUGCUCCUGCGCGCCGAUGACCCUACGGGGACAGCAUACGCAGAGACGAAGAGUCUGGACGGAGAGACUAACCUCAAGCCAAAGAAGCCGGUGCCAGAAGUGAGUGGUGCCUGUCAGUCCCUGGAGUCUAUAGCAGAUCUGGCCGCCGACUUCGUCGUCGAGGACCCCAACCUGGACCUCUACAAGUUCGAUGGCAGGGUCACAAUCAAUGGCAAAACACUGCCACUGACCAACACCGAGAUUCUCUACCGUGGGAGUGUGCUGCGAAACACAAUUUCUGCAGUCGGCCUGGUCAUAUACUCUGGCGAGGAAUGCAAGAUCCGCAUGAAUGCCAACAAGACUCCACGGGUAAAGGCUCCAGCUCUACAGGCCAAGGUCAAUCGGAUUGUCGUGCUGGUUGCCUCUCUGGUCUUCUUCAUGGCCAUUAUCCUCACCAUCGCUUAUGAAAUAUGGCGCCGGACCACAGAGAACAAGUCCUGGUAUCUACAGUCUGCAAGAGUCCCAUUUGGUCACAUCCUAACAUCCUUCAUCAUCAUGCUGAAUACUAUGCUGCCGCUUAGCUUGUAUGUUUCGCUUGAAAUCAUCAAGCUGGCGCAGAUGUUCCUGCUGAAUGACAUCGACAUGUAUGAUCCUGAGUCGGACACGCCCAUGGAAGCGCAUACCUCCACCAUCAAUGAGGAGCUCGGCCAGGUCAACUACAUUUUCUCCGAUAAAACUGGCACACUCACCAACAAUUCAAUGAAGUUUCGCAGAAUGAGUGUGGCAGGAACAGCUUGGCUUCACGAUCUUGAUCUGCAAGAAGAGGCCGCAAAUGAGGCCGGCUGGAACAAACUGAAGCACAAGAAAAGAGGUGGCAAACGAAGGGAUGCCCGUCUCAGUAAGGAGCAAAGGCAAUCUACCUCAAGACUGGCACGGAAGUCUGCUGCAUCUACCGGCGUCGUUCCGGGACAUUCGUCUGAUCCUGGUGAGGUUGAUGACAAACCGCAGUGGCAAGCUUCUGAAGGGCCGGGCUUGACCUUGGAGACAGGCAGGACACAAGAACUCCUCGACUAUAUCCAUCGUCGUCCCCAGACCAUCUUCGCGCGCAGAGUUCGAUUUUUCCUCCUUUCACUCGCUCUGUGCCACACUUGCAUCCCAGAGAAGGAUGAGGAUGACAACAUCAGAUACCAGGCUGCAUCUCCCGAUGAGAUGGCUUUGGUGACGGGGGCGCAGGAGCUCGGGUACAUUGUAACUGAUCGACAGUCCACUACGGUGACCGUCAAGACGUUUGAAGACGGAGAUGAAGAGAAUCCAAGCUAUGAGACGUAUGAAGUCUUAGACGUGAUCGAAUUCUCUAGCGCUAGGAAGCGGAUGUCUAUCAUCGUCCGUUUUCCCGAUCAAAGAAUAUGUCUCAUCAGCAAAGGCGCUGAUAGCACAAUUCGAGGUUUGCUCCGGCUCUCAGAUCUAGCGGCCUCAAAGGUGCAAGCGGCUGAGAGGCGGGCGAGCCAGAGGAAGAGCGUCGAGGCGCAACAGGUCCUCAGCAGAAGAAGCCUGCAGCUGAGCCGGAUGUCGAAUUCGAUACAUGCCAUUGACCCGGUCUCGCCGCGACCGAGCAAUGUGUCAGUUGAUAGAUCUCUCACAACCCGAGAGAGUGUUGAUAUCUGGCUGAGAGAUAGGGAGCAGGACGCCGGGGCGUCGAGACAACGCAUCGGCUUUCAUUUCUACUCUCGUCCAUCGGCUCAGUUCGGUCCAUCCAGAUCGGAGAAACAUGCAGCCAAUUCCCAGCGGUCGCCUCAAUCAACGCCACGUGCCUCCAUGCAGGUUGAUGAAAAGGAGGAACUCGUCGAAGAAAGCCUUGUGGUGGAUGAGAAUGCGGUCUUCGAACGCUGCUUUCAACACAUUGACGACUUUGCGACCGAAGGUUUGCGGACGUUGCUUUACGGAUACCGAUUUAUCAGCGAUGAAGAGUACAAGACCUGGAAACAAGUCUAUGCGUCGGCAGCAACAAGCCUCGUGGAGCGGCAGGAGAAGAUCGAACGCGCUGCCGAAAUGCUAGAAAAUAAGCUGGAACUUCUGGGUGCGACCGCCAUUGAGGACAAGCUUCAGAAAGGCGUCCCUGACGCCAUUGACCGAUUGCGCCGGGCUGGGAUUAGGAUGUGGAUGCUCACUGGCGACAAACGCGAGACUGCCAUCAACAUUGGACACUCUUGUCGGCUGAUCAAGGACUACUCAACAGUCAUUGUGCUCGACCACGAGCUUGGAGACUUACCUGCCCGCAUGACUUCAGCCUUUGCGCAGAUCAACAGUGACAAGACGGCCCACUCCGUCCUGGUUGUCGACGGCCAAACGUUGAUCGUCAUUGACGCGGAUCCGGCCGCGAAGGCACUGUUCACGGAUGUGGCAAUCCGAGCUGACUCUGUCAUCUGUUGUCGAGCAUCUCCCAGUCAGAAAGCAUCUCUCGUGAAGACAAUCCGAACCAAGGUCAAGGGAUCUGUCACACUGGCAGUGGGAGACGGCGCAAACGACAUCGCCAUGAUCCAGGAAGCGCACGUGGGCAUUGGCAUUGCUGGGAAGGAGGGGCUCCAAGCCGCCAGAACAUCCGACUAUUCGGUGGCUCAGUUCCGGUUCUUGUUGAAGUUGCUUCUGGUACACGGCAGGUGGAAUUAUGUUCGGAUCUGCAAAUAUAUCUUGGGCACCUUUUGGAAGGAGAUGCUCUUCUAUCUGGUACAGGCCAUCUACCAACGAUGGAACGGCUAUACCGGGACCAGUUUGUAUGAAUCUUGGAGCUUGUCCAUGUUCAACACGCUGUUUACCAGUCUGCCCGUGAUCUUCAUGGGUGUGUUUGAGAAGGACCUCGCGGCCUCGACGCUUUUGGCCGUCCCUGAACUCUACAGUUUCGGGCAGCGCAAUCGCGGCUUCAACUUUAAGCUGUAUUUCUCCUGGGCGAUACUUGGGGCGUGCGAAGCCGUGAUUGUCUAUUUCAUCAUGUACGAGAUCUACGGGCGGGCCCUGUUCACGCGUGAUCAAGAACUUUACGCGAUGGGGUCAUUGGCGUUCAGCGGGUGCAUCAUCAUUAUUUCCCUCAAGCUUCAAUUCAUCGAACUGCACAACAAGACGGUGACCGCCGCGGUUGCUAUUUUCCUGUCGGUGGGCGGAUGGUGGCUGUGGAAUAUUUUCCUGUCUUGCGUAUACCCUGAUGAUGUGGUAUACAGCGUCAAGCAUGGGCUCCUGGAUGGAUUUGGGCGCAAUCUGAUGUGGUGGAUCACGUUACUCCUGAUCGUUUCCACGGUGUAUCUGCUGGAAGUGACGAUCAAGGCCCACGGGACGGCCCUGUGGCCAAGUGACGUCGAUAUUUUCCAAGGAUUCGAGCAGGACCUUGAGGUCCGAAAGCGAUUCGAGGAGGCCGCAGCCGAUCUUCUACAACAAGGGUGGGAUCCAGGCAUGAAGAAGUCGAGCCUGGAGCUGGCCAGAGAGGCAGCGGAACAGGCCGAGCGAGAAGCCCAUGUACAAGAGUUGUUGGAGAAACCGCGUAACAUGGGGGAGCGGAGGCCGUGGGCCAGAAGGACACCGUCCGGUCUAAGCAUUCACAAUGCCGGUAAAGGAGUCGCUGUGCAGAAGAAAGAAGACGGUCGAGACAUGGAAGAGGGGAUCCAGAGGAAGUCGACCGACAUUGGCGAGCUCUUCAGCAAAGGCUUUGGAGCGGUUCGCAAAGGACCAGAGUUACGAUGA